AUGUCGAGUAAAGAUCGUUACAAUAUAUUUCCAUCGCGAAUGGCGCAGACGACAAUGAAAGCACGAUUGAAAGGUGCUCAAACCGGCCAUAAUUUAUUGAAGAAGAAAGCAGAUGCAUUAGCAAUACGUUUUCGAUCGAUUUUGAAGAAAAUUAUUGAUACUAAAACAUUAAUGGGUGAUGUUAUGAAAUUAGCCGCUUUUUCAUUAGCUGAAGCAAAAUUUUCAAUGAGUGGAGAUUUUACACAAGUUGUAAUUCAAAGUGUCAGUAAAGCACAAAUUAAAAUUCGAACAAAACGAGACAAUGUUGCCGGUGUCAUUUUACCUUCGUUCGAUUCAUUCAAUGAUGGAGGAGAUACGUUUGAAUUAACUGGUUUGGGUCGAGGUGGUAUGCAAUUACAAAAAUUAAGACGUAAUUAUGGUGAAGCAUUAAAAACUCUAAUUGAUUUGGCUACACUUCAAACAUCAUUUCGUAUACUUGAUGAUGUUAUUAAAAUAACAAAUCGUCGUGUAAAUGCUAUUGAACAUGUUAUUAUUCCAAAAAUAACGCGAACGAUAACUUAUAUUGUUUCGGAGCUUGAUGAAAUGGAGCGUGAAGAAUUUUAUCGUCUUAAAAAAGUUCAAGAAAAGAAAAAACAAAUUCGUGUUCUUCGAGAAAAAGCACGAGCUGAGUUAAUUGAACAGGGUCUUUUGGAUGAAGCAGAAGAAGAAGCACCCAAUAUUUUAGAUGACGCACAGAGAGAUGAUGAUAUACUCUUUUAA